CCGGUUCAGUCCUCCUUGUCUUUUUGAACGACCAACAGUGUCAGUGUUUUGUGAAAUUAUAAAUAAUAAAUUGGAAUCAUGUCGGCAUCACCUGUUGCGAGGCAAGCUACCAAUUGCCAGGCUAUUCCUUCAAGGAGGGUUCUUAUAACUGACCCUUCUCAGAUGCCUGAUGUUUACUCUAGUACACCCGGAGGCACUGUGUACUCUACCACCCCUGGAGGUACGAGGAUUGUAUACGAAAGGUCGUUUAUGAUGUCGUUACGGCAGUCCCCGAUCUCGCAGACCCCACCGAAGUGCGCGCUGCCGGCCGGCUUGCUAAAGAACCCGAGCUCCGUCCCCAACGUCAUACAGCCGACGGCCGCGCAGAAGGCCCGCUCCAACUCAAUCUCAUUUGACGAGUCCCAGGAGACUUUCAGUAUGGAUCUCUAAUAGAAGAAUAAGUCAAUACCGUACUUCGUUGUACUUCUGUGGAACUACCACCGCCUGUUGAAGUAAGGCUGUGUGGAAGAGAGACGCCGCUACGCCUGUAGAGCGCUGUCACGCUUCCUCAAAUGCGACAUUACUUUAAUCUGUGGCGGUAGCCUCCUUGAUAUUAGUGAGUUAAACUUUUUGGUGCGCUUACUUAUGUCUUUCUUUGUACAUUUAAGUACUCCAGUUUGCUAGGACAUAAAAUGUGAAUGUAAUUAUCUUUUAUGUCCUAAGAAAUUUUUAGGUUAGCUGUAGAUAUUAAAUGCGUGACUGAACAUUCUAAUAGCGUUCAAAACGCGGUCCUUUGCCACGCCCGCCAAAAGCCAAUAAAAAAUAAAAAAUAGAACAGAUUAUAAAAUAAAUAUAAAAAAAUAAAUCAAUUCUUAAUGGAAUGGAUGAAGUUGUAAUACUUAGUAUGAGACCAAAAUGUAUUUAUUGUUAUGAAAAAUGUGGCAAAA